GGCCCGAUUCUUUUCUGUUUUUAGCGCGGUGUUAGUACGCUAACUAUGUCUGGACGCGGGAAACAGGGCGGCAAGGCUCGCGCCAAGGCCAAGACGCGCUCCUCGCGGGCGGGUCUCCAGUUCCCGGUGGGCCGUGUACACCGCCUGCUCCGCAAGGGCAACUACGCCGAGCGGGUCGGGGCCGGCGCGCCCGUGUACCUGGCGGCCGUGCUGGAGUACCUGACGGCCGAGAUCCUGGAGCUGGCGGGCAACGCGGCCCGCGACAACAAGAAGACGCGCAUCAUCCCGCGCCACCUGCAGCUGGCCAUCCGCAACGACGAGGAGCUCAACAAGCUGCUGGGCCGCGUGACCAUCGCGCAGGGCGGCGUCCUGCCCAACAUCCAGGCCGUGCUGCUGCCCAAGAAGACCGAGAGCCACCACAAGGCCAAGGGCAAGUGAAUCUGAAUACCGGUGUGUGCAGCUAAAACCUUUUUUCCCAAAGGCUCUUUUCAGA